UUGAAGGAGAUGAUUAAGUCUGGAAUGAAUGUGGCUCGUCUGAACUUCUCUCAUGGAACUCAUGAGUACCAUGCGGAGACCAUCAAGAAUGUGCGCACAGCCACGGAAAGCUUUGCUUCUGACCCCAUCCUCUACCGGCCCGUUGCUGUGGCUCUAGACACUAAAGGACCUGAGAUCCGAACUGGGCUCAUCAAGGGCAGCGGCACUGCAGAGGUGGAGCUGAAGAAGGGAGCCACUCUCAAAAUCACGCUGGAUAACGCCUACAUGGAAAAGUGUGACGAGAACAUCCUGUGGCUGGACUACAAGAACAUCUGCAAGGUGGUGGAAGUGGGCAGCAAGAUCUACGUGGAUGAUGGGCUUAUUUCUCUCCAGGUGAAGCAGAAAGGUGCCGACUUCCUGGUGACGGAGGUGGAAAAUGGUGGCUCCUUGGGCAGCAAGAAGGGUGUGAACCUUCCUGGGGCUGCUGUGGACUUGCCUGCUGUGUCGGAGAAGGACAUCCAGGAUCUGAAGUUUGGGGUCGAGCAGGAUGUUGAUAUGGUGUUUGCGUCAUUCAUCCGCAAGGCAUCUGAUGUCCAUGAAGUUAGGAAGGUCCUGGGAGAGAAGGGAAAGAACAUCAAGAUUAUCAGCAAAAUCGAGAAUCAUGAGGGGGUUCGGAGGUUUGAUGAAAUCCUGGAGGCCAGUGAUGGGAUCAUGGUGGCUCGUGGUGAUCUAGGCAUUGAGAUUCCUGCAGAGAAGGUCUUCCUUGCUCAGAAGAUGAUGAUUGGACGGUGCAACCGAGCUGGGAAGCCUGUCAUCUGUGCUACUCAGAUGCUGGAGAGCAUGAUCAAGAAGCCCCGCCCCACUCGGGCUGAAGGCAGUGAUGUGGCCAAUGCAGUCCUGGAUGGAGCCGACUGCAUCAUGCUGUCUGGAGAAACAGCCAAAGGGGACUAUCCUCUGGAGGCUGUGCGCAUGCAGCACCUGAUUGCCCGUGAGGCAGAGGCUGCCAUCUACCACUUGCAAUUAUUUGAGGAACUCCGCCGCCUGGCGCCCAUUACCAGCGACCCCACA